CGUGAUCUUGGUGAUCCCCUCACUUCACGCCCGAGGCCCGGAACCCCGAGAUCGUCAAGUUACGCAGCAGGUGAUAUAACCUCCAUAUGUCCGCACCUAGUCAUCGUCGGUGCUUACUUGCUCUGCCAAUUGAACCUAUCCAACAAUCCAACCAUUUUUUGCAGUCGUGAUCUCUAUUCGCCAUGUCCAGUAUCAAGAAUGUUGCUGUCGUAGGUGCAUCGGGCAACGUAGGCAAGGCCAUUGUCGAUGCCCUUCUCGCCGCUGACUUCACCGUCACGGCACUGACACGCGCGUCCUCGAAUUCGACGUUUCCCUCGGGCGUGGCCGUGCAAAAGGUAGACUACGAGUCUGUCGACUCGCUCAAAUCAGCCCUGCAGGGCCAGGAUGCCGUUGUCUCGGCCGCGGCAACUGCAGCUAUAGGCAAUCAGCACCCCAUCGUGGACGCGGCCGUCGCCACGGGCGUCAAGCGCUUCAUCCCCAGCGAAUUCGGUGUGAACACGCGAAUUGAAACCAACCCGGGGUUGAAGACCAUGUUGCAGGGCAAGGUCAAGACGCUGGACUACAUUAUUGAGAAGGGCAAUGCGAAUCCGUCUUUUACCUGGACCGGGUUGACUACAGGACUGUUUUUCGAUUGGGGCCUUGCUUCUACCCACCUGAACUUCAACAAAGACACCAGGACAGCCCAAAUCGUCGACUCGGGUGACGAGCCCUUCUCGCCGUCGAACCUGCCCUUUAUCGGAAAAGCAGUAGCUAGUAUUCUGCAGAAGCCAGAGAAGACGGCAAACAAAUAUCUCGCCAUUGCCUCGUUUACCACCAGCCAGAACCAGCUGUUGAAAAUCCUGGAAGAAGAGACGGGAGCGACGUGGCAAAGGGAGCCCGUUGACUCCGAAAAGCUUAACAAGCUUGGGAACGAGAAGCUGAGUAAGGGAGACUACAGCGCCUUCGUGAACUUCUUGCAGGCGUACAUUUACGGGGAUGGAGGGAAUAGUGCGGUGAAGCCGGAGGCCAACGCGAAUGCACUGCUUGGCCUUCAAAAUGAGGAUCCCAGAACUACGAUCAAGGCGUGGCUCGAAGGCAAGCUCUAGAUGCGUACGAGUGUGAUUGUUUCUAGGGAAUGGCGUAUAAAUGACUUCCGCGGCCAUUCUAGGCGCUAAUUUCUAUAUAGGUGUUGUGCUA